AUGUUGCAUCCCCUCCUACACAAGAUCUGGGAGCAAGAAACAGUGCCAGAAGUCUGGAAGAAAGGACACCUUGUGAAGCUGCCGAAAAAAGGAGAUCCCUCACCAUGCAACAACUGGAGGGGCAUUAUGCUGUUAUCCAUUCCAGGGAAGGUGCUAGCCAGGAUCAUGUUGGGGAGACUAAAGACUGCCCUCGACAACACUCUGCGUGAAGAACAGGCAGGCUUCCAUCAAGAUAGAUCCUGCACCGACCACAUUGCAACAAUGGGAAUAAUCAUAGAGCAGUCUAUGGAGUGGCAGACCCCCCUGUAUGCAGUUUUAAUUCAUUUCCAGAAAGCAUUUGACAGUGUUGACAGGGAUAUCUUCUGGAGACUCAUGCAUACUACGGCUUCCCAUACAAAUGUCUCCAUCAUCCAACAACUUUAUGAAGAUACCACACGCCAGGUCUCCACAGCAGACCAGAAGACAGGAAUCCAGUGGAUCUUCACUAAACAGUUGGAGAACCUGGACUUUGCUGAUGACAUCAGUAUUCUUUCCCACAAGCAGCAAGAUGCCCAAGGGAAGUUGUGCCGUGUUGCUGAUGAAACAGGAAAGACAGGCCUCCAGAUCAACACAAAAACGACAGAGGUGAUGAGACUUGGACCCACUACGACUUGGACAGGAAGACAUCAAGGAAACAGACAAGUUUGUCGAUCUCGAUGUCUCCGACGCCUCAUUAACAUCAGAUGGCCGGAUGUUAUUCCAAAUUCAGAACUCUGGAAUAAGACCAAGCAAGUUCCAAUAUACCUGAAAAUCAGAAAACGGAAAUGUACUGGAUUGGCCACACUUUUCGAAAGUCCUCGUCAAACGUCACCAGACAAGCCCUUGAAUGGAACCCGCAUGGCAAAACACAGUACGAAGACCCAGACAGAUCUGGCGCAGAAGCGUAAACGAAGAAGUGAAGGCUGCUCGAAUGACAUGGGCUGA